AGCAGUUUCGCAAAGUUGGUGUCUAGAGUAGUGACAUUUUAAUUAAGUUUAAAGCAGGUGAGGUAGCCUGCUAUUUUCAACUGCUGAUGACUAUGACAAAACAUUUUUCUUGCAACACUGCAUGUACAUAGUGAUGUUCUGAUGUUGGGUGUUGUGUUGUGCUGUAACUACCCAAUUGGUGUACUAAAAGGAACUGGUCAUCAACAGGAAGCAGCUGUGAACCAACAACAGAACAGAACAGGAAGUAACUUGUACCAAUUGGUAUGUGCUAUUCUGGGAUUGGAAGUGAGACUAAAUUUAUAGAUUUAGACAGAACUGAAUAAUACAUAGCGGAACUAGAACCUACCGGUUAUAGUAACUUCCAUUCCACCUGCUAUCACAUUCUAACACGUGGCAUGCAGUUCAUCAUAAUUCUCAUAUCUAGGGAGCCGAUGUAUCGUAAUCAUGAUAAACCUUGGUACACAAACUACAAAAUAAGUAAACAACUAACACAUUUUUACAGUACAGUACAAUGUACAUAUACAACGCAAACUAUUUCCAACCCACAGUACAGUACAGUACCUUUCUUUCGCGCGAAGGUCUUUGCUGCGAGGCCGACUUAUCCGGGGAUUUAUUUCCAUUCUUUUGUGGUCAUGGAACGUCUUCAAAUGGUUUUACACGACCGACAAUCUAAGGUGGUUAUCUCUUUGCUGCUGUUGAGUAUUGGUGUGACUGCAGUUUUGUUCUAUUGGUGUACAACAACCAACAGUCUAGCAUUGCAGGCUUUCGUGUAUCUCGUCGUGUUUGAUAUUCUGAGCUUGUCGACUUGUCUUCUCACUGUUUGGGUGUCGAAACAGAAACCAACCUCAGUCUAUUCAUUUGGAUAUGAGAGGCUAGAGGUCGUGUCGGUGUUCACCAGCACAAUUCUCAUCAUUUUCUCUGGGCUAUCUGUGAUCAAACAUGGAUUGGAGCAUCUUUUCCAACCACCGGAAGUCGACACGACGGAUCUACCAUUAGCCACCUUAGUCGGUUUUGGCCUGCACUUAUUGGUUCUUUAUGGAGUGAAGAACAAAGCAUAUUCGCAUGUUGCAUCAUCUGCAUCGUCAAGCUGGUUACAAGACGCAGUCAUUGACUUGGGAAACUGUGUUUGCAGUAUUGCUCCGGUCUUUUCUCACAUCUUGGUUGUCAAGGUCAACCCUCUCAUAUUAGUGUCUGUGGCAGCCGGAGUGUCUAUCUUCAUUACAGACAUACUAAUUGUUUACAGUGAGUUGCACAGUGCUGACGCAGCUGCUGCUGUCGUAAUUGCCGUUCUGCUGUGCAGCACUAUGUAUCCUCUCUGUGUAUACAGUGGCAAGAUACUAUUGCAGGCAGUUCCAGAGCACGUAAUUGGACAACUAAACAAAUGUCUACGAGAGGCAUCCACUCUUGAUGGAGUAUUAGAGUUUAGAAAUGAACACUUUUGGAGUCUCUCGUUUGGUGUUUUGGCCGGUUCUCUGCAUGUUCGAGUCAAACGUGAUGCCAAUGAACAGACUGUUUUAGCGCAGAUCACCAACAAGUUAGCGCCUCAUGUAUCACAACUGACUGUGCAGGUUUUCAAGGAAGACUGGUCGAUGCCAGUCAUCACGUCUGGCACUACGAGCCCAACACUUCAUAGUGUUCCAGCGUUUGGUUAUGUUGCUAAAGCUCAUGGUCACGUUCAUCAUCAUCACGAACAUCACCAAGAAACAGAGAGUCAUGCCUUUCUUCCUGUUGGACAUGAACACGAUCCUCUUGUUGCAAAUGUUACUUCUGUAUUACAAAUCCCGUCACAGAAUGUAGCCUAGAGUUAAUUAAUGUAGGAACAGUGUAAGUAACUUGCUUUUUGCAGAUAUUUAUGUUACUAAAUGGCUUUUACAAGAUUUAGAUGUAGAGAACAGAGUUUGGUAACAAAAUUGGUGUGUGUGUGUGUGUGUGGUGUGUGUGUG